AACAAUCUCUGCUCCCCAUAUCCCCUCCUCGCGCAUAGUCGAUUGUCAAUGCAAAAUCAAAUAUCUAUUAUCUUUGGAAGAUUGGUUUGGGCUGGACAAAAAAUCCGUAAAUUUUGAUUCCAUUUAUUAUUCAUUUUGAUUCGAACAGAAAAAAUUGGAUAUAUCAAAAGAACAGUUAAAAAAAAUCCGUAGAAAAUAUUAUUUUCUGUCGACUAUGUACCUUAGUUUGUAUUUCAACAUGCAUUUUACAAUUUUACUAAAAGUGACAAUAAAAAGAAUAAAUCUAAAAGCAGAUAUGGUUUCCUAAAUAUUGUUCUUCUUAGUAUAGAAAACAGAAUAUACAAAUUGACCUUUCUGCUUUGGACAACUUAGGAAGAUGAUAUAUUUGCAUGUGAAAACAACCUUUCUACUUUGGAUAUAUAUAACAACUUUUCCCUUCCUAUUAUACACCAAUCCAUCCAUUUUCCAUCAACUCAUUCCUUUAUUAACAACUAAACACUUGGGGGAAGGAAAUGUUCGAAGUGUGACGAUCUUGACACGUCACUACAGUCUGGCAAAAGACGAUAUUUUUUUUCUUCAAAAAUAUAUAAAAUAAAAAGAAAUGCCUUGAGAGACGAUUGGGUCAUCUCAUUUCUUCUUUCUUCGUUGACAGAUUUAAUUUAGGGUUCAUUUGAAUUCUCCUUCUUUCUCAGUUCAUCUCAGGUGCUAAUUGAAAGAUCUGGUUGAAAUCAAGCUCUGGGCUCUUUUGGGUUUUCUCGGAUCCCAAUUCUCAGGUGAAAAGACAAUUCGAUUCUGAGCUAAAGAUUUGAACUUUAGCUGAUUUUAAGGAUAAUUCUUCAGAUCAUAUUUGGAAUUGGCUUCUGGAUUGGUAGUGAAGGUUCAAGUGUGGAGAUGGAUGGGCCUCGACAGAAUGAUCAUUUGGGUGUGAACAAGAUUGGGAAGAACAUCAGGAAGAGUCCUCUUCACCAGCCCAACUUCGGUGCCAAUGCUAAUGCUGCGAGGCCUCAAGGGCAGCCUCAGGUUUAUAACAUAAGCAAGACCGACUUCAGAAGUAUGGUUCAGCAGCUGACUGGCUCUCCGGCGCGUGAGAGUCUCCCUCGCCCUCCUCCGCAGAACAGCUCGCCAAAGCCUCAGAGCACGCGGUUGCAGAGGAUUAGACCACCACCCUUGACGCAGAUCAACCAGCCUGCGGCUCCUGUACAACAUUAUCCUCACGGAUACGCUAGUGGGCCUCCACCACAACCUCGUUUGUUACAAGGCACACAACAACUUCAACAACAACCGAUGAUGGGUCAUGGAGACCAGUUCUGGUCUAAUACAGCUGAGUCUCCCAUCUCAGGGUAUAUGCGUUACCUUCAAAGCUCACUUGGAGAUGCAGCUCCUAGUGGUAACCAAAUGCAGCCUGGUUAUGAACAUCGCCCAUAUAUGCCGCCGGCUCAAGAACAUCGCCCAUAUAUGCCGCCGGCUCAAGAACAUCGCCCAUAUAUGCCGCCGGCUCAAGAACAUCGCCCAUAUAUGCCGGCUCAAGAACAUCGGCCUUAUAUGCCAGCUCAACCUCAGCCUUAUAUGGCACCUCAGGCUCAGACUCAGCCACAGGCACAACCACAUAUGAUGCCUGGAUCGCAACCUCAUAUGAAUAUGCAGGGCCCACUGCCACCACCGGGGUUAGUUCCAAGCCCAGCGCCUCGUAAUCUUCCCUCCCAGCCUCAGUUCAAUGGUCCUGUUCCUGGCACGCCCACUCUGCCAUCUCCGAGGUUUAAUCAGAUGUAUGGUGGUUUUCCUUCUCCUCGGUCUAAUGGUUUUGGACCACUAAACUCACCUACAUCCCAGUUUGCUCCACCAUCUCCUUCCGGUUAUCCGAAUAUGUUCUCUCCUAGAUCAUCGUACCCAUUGCUAUCACCAGGAGUUCAGUAUCCUCAACCACUUACCCCAAACUUCUCCUUUUCACAACUAUCUCAAUCAGGAAAUCAAGGACCCGGUGCAGGAACAGGUCCUCCUCAGCCACCUCCUUCUCCAGGACUCAUAUACCCGUUGUCUCCAGGGUUUUUCCCAAGCCCAAGAUGGGGUAAUUACUAGGUGCUCCCUAGGUUAGUCUGUACUAUGAAAGAAGCUUAAUCUCCAGAGCCUAUAGUAGAAUAGACGCAGCUGCAUAGAUGAGUAAAACGCAAAAAGAUGCUUUUAUAUACAUUCUUUUACUCUGUUUUUUGGGUUCUUAUUCUAGGUAAAGGGUAAAACCUUUAACUAGGGAUCUUGGGAUAAUGAUGAUUACUUUUGUUUGUUUUUUCACAGAAUCUGCUUUCUUUUGCGUAAUUUGUACACAGGCUUUAAACAAAACUCUGUCAAUUUAUAUGAUCUUUAGCUGUUUUUUAAAGAAAUUA